GCGGGGGCGGGGCCUGGCCUGGAAGCCUGGGUCCCCGCCGCUGCCGCCGCCAUGGUGCUGGAGGCGCUGCGCUACCGUCGCGGGUCUCUGCAGAUCCUGGACCAGCUGCAGUUACCGCAGCGGAGCUGUUACGAGGCGAUCCGGGGCGUGCGGGAUGGGCAGGCGGCCAUCCGGGACAUGCGGGUGCGGGGUGCUCCAGCCAUUGCUAUUGUGGGCUGCCUGAGCCUGGCGGUGGAGCUGCAUGGGGGCACAGCUGGGGGCCAAGACGCUGCCACGGUGGCUGCCUUCGUGGGGAAGGCACUGCAGGACCUGGCCAGCACCCGUCCCACAGCCCGCAACAUGGCGCAGGCAGCUGAGAAGCUGGGGGCUGCAGCCACGCAUGAGGCCCAAUGCCCAGGUGCCACAGCCAACAGUGUGCGGGAGAUCGUCAUCCAGCUAGCGGAGGAGAUGCUGGAGAAGGACCUGCAGGAUAACCGGCGCAUCGGAGAGCUCGGGGCCACCUGCAUGAUGCAGGGGGUGGCACCACAGGGCCAGGUGACAGUGCUGACCCACUGCAACACUGGGGCGCUGGCCACUGCUGGCUAUGGCACUGCCCUGGGUGUCAUCCGGGCCCUACAUGCCCGUGGCUGCCUGGAACAUGUGUACUGCACAGAGACACGGCCCUAUAACCAGGGGGCCCGGCUGACAGCCUACGAGCUGGUUUAUGAGGGCAUCCCAGCCACCCUCAUUGCUGACAGCGCAGCUGCCCUGGCCCUGAAGGAGAAAGGCAUCUCCGCCAUCGUGGUAGGAGCUGACCGUGUGGUGGCCAAUGGUGACACAGCCAACAAGGUGGGCACCUACCAGCUGGCUAUUGCUGCAAUGCACCAUGGCGUGCCUUUCUACGUGGCAGCACCCAGCACCUCCUGUGACCUCAGCCUGGCCACUGGGGACCAGAUCAUCAUUGAGGAGAGGCCCAGUCAGGAGCUGACAGACAUCAACGGCAUUAGGAUCGCAGCACCUGACAUUGGCGUCUGGAACCCGGCCUUUGACGUCACUCCCCACGACCUCGUCACUGGCGGCAUCAUUACAGAGCUUGGGGUCUUUGCCCCCGCAGAGCUCCAGGAAGGCCUGAAACAGGCCUCCAUCAGGCCGUGUCAUCGCCCCCAAGAAAGCCCGAGUGGUGCAGCAGCAGCAAGUGAGAAAGAACCUGGAAGUCGGCAUCCGCAAGAAGAUUGAGCAUGAGGUGGUGAUGAAAGCCAGCAGCAGCCUGCCCAAGAAAUUGGCCCUUGUUCGGGCUGCGCCAUCUGGAGCCAAGAAGGUC